GGUGAACUCAAAAAAAAUUGGGAGAAGUAUUUGAGAUUGUCGAGUGGAUUUGCAAGUUGCACUCAGCAUAGACGGACGAGCAAAGCACAAUGGCAAUAAAAGAGACGAUAGGUAAAGCCAGCACAUUCGUGCCAAGGACUGUAUUUCCCGACUACCGACUCCCGCAAUCCUACUUCCUGGGCCACCACCGAAAAGCGAUGUUGCGGAUGCAACAGAUGAUUGCCGACAUUGACCUGAUAUUCGAAGUGCGGGACGCGCGUGCGCCGCUGGCGACGAGGAACGCGCUGUUUGAUAAGCUGAUUGCGACGAGGGCGAAGAUCGUGGUGUAUACGAAGAGCGAUAUUUGUGCGGUGAAUCGGGAGUUGUUGGACGCGAUGCAUCCGGAGGGGAAUUAUUGUUUGGUGGAUACGAAUAAGCCGAGGACGGUGAAGAAGUUGUUGAAUAUCGCGAAGAAGGAAGCCGAAAACCGAGAUCAUUUUUUCGGGCUCAGGACGAUGGCAUUGGGCAUGCCGAACGUGGGCAAAUCCUCACUCCUAAACACACUCCGCCUCGUCGGCGUCAACAGAGGCAAAGCAGCACGGACAGGUGCCCUGGCAGGCAUCACCCGGACGAUUCCGACGUUUGUCAAAAUCAACGAGGAACCGGACGUGCUGCUCUACGACACCCCUGGUGUAUCUCUACCCUCGUCGAUGGGUUAUCGGCGGACGCUGAUUCUGUCUGCGCUCGGGUGCACGCAUCCAAAGAUGAUUGACGAGCGGAUUCUAGCAGAUUUCAUCCUCUUCAGUGUGAACAAAGUCGACCCGGCCGUGUAUAGCAAAUACAGUCCGCCGACGAACGAUAUCGAAGAGUUUUUGUCGAACUAUUGCAGGUACAUGGGACUCAGAAUGAAAGGCGGAUAUCCGGAUUUCGACGGCGGGGCGGCGCAUUGGAUCGACAGUUGGCGGCGAGGAAAGGCAGGGAAGAUCAUUUAUGAUAGUCUUGAGGACUUUAAUAACCAGGGAGAAGACGAGUCAAGGUUUACGAGUUUGAAGCCGACAAAACAGCAAGCUAGGAUGAUGGACCCCUAUAGAGGAAAAUAA